AUGCCACUGCAGCGACGAUACUCGGUCACUGGCCAGACGCCGCCGGACGGGGUGCCUGCUAUGAAGAGCCCCAAACUGCAGGCGCUAGACACGAGCGUGCAGUCGACGAGCUGUGGGCUCUGUGAGGGCGGCGACACAGUCAGGACGUCGGCCAAGCGGUCCGCCACGCAGAUUCCCUCGCCGGACACGCCGUCUUCGCAGGAGCUACCAACGAAGAUCGCGAGGCUAGGGCUGGAUCAAGAUGACAUGGACGUGGAUUCCUCGCAGGACAGCCUCACGGAUCCCUUCCCUGACUCAGACGACUGGGCUUUGUCGCCCUUCGAUAGCUCCUCCUCGUCAAUCCCCUCGUCGCCCGUCUUCUCGUCCACGAACCGGCCCGACGAGUCGCCGAGGUCCCUGCCCGGCCCCGAAGACCUCGCUCUCUCCCUCGCCUUGCUGCCCCCGCUGCCCUCGACCGCGCCUUCUUACGGUCUCCCCCCCACCUUCCUCACCCUCCCUCCCGAGCUACGCCACCAGAUCUACCUUCACCUCCCAGACCUGAUCCUUCCCCACCCGCUGAUCUACUGCCUCUCCACCUUCGCCAACAAGAAACAACACCCGCUAGCCUCCGUAUCUCAGCUCGUCCGCUCAGAAGCCCUCGCCAUCUUCUACAGCUACAAUACGUGGAUCAUCAAACUCGAAUAUAAGAUCAUGUAUGACGCCUUCCAAGACUGGAUCAUCCGUUUAGGCUCAGGCGCGUGUUCGCUCCGGCUCGUCAACAUCGCCGUCCGUGGUGCCCUCUUCAAACCACGCACGUCCCACUCCUCGAGCAUCACCAUGGGUGCGCUGAUAGGCGCCAACGUUAACGCGCCCAUCAACGGCGGCAUCGUUCCCGUGGUCGAGGAAUACCAUCCGCCCGAUGGCGAUGCGAGUUUCGGCAUCGAUUUAAGCGAGAAGUGGGAGGGGGGGAAAGUGGAGUUGUUGAGGAAUGAUGGGACCAAGGACGCGGGGGAGAAGGCGAGGUUGUAUUUGCAGAAGUUGGUGACGGGUUUGUGGGAGAAGAGGGCUAGGGGCACGUUGAAUGGACAGGAUUGGGUGGAUUUAGUCGAUCAGUUUCUAGGGUUUACUGGGUGGUGGUGA